CGGCAGCCUUCUUCGCUUGCAUUGACUCCUUAUCAAGCACUACAGCAGUCAAUGUAACUUGGGGGCCCUCUGAGGCCAAAAUCUGAUGAGCUUUGGUUCGUCGAUGGCAGGCCUCCAUGUUCAGACUUGGCAAGGGUUGAGGGUAGCUUGCGCCCGAGACAGCAGCCAUUUGGGGGAUUCUCGUCUCUUUACCCCGCCUGAAAUCCUGCGCUUAACUCUCUCGUCAGCUUUCUAAAUCAUGGAGGCUGUUCCUGAUGGAGGCGUUCAGUCGCGGGGGGAAUGCCCAUCUCUUUAUAACCGUGUUAUAUCGGAUAGAAUGUGCCGUGCGAAAUGACUGGUCUCACGCAAGUUUCUCGGCUUUCGAGUGACAUACCAAGCAUCCUACUGAGAGCUAGCUCAAUCAUUUAGUCCACCGCGUUCUCCGUGCCGAUACCGCUGCCAACAUGCUGAACCGCCGUGGGCCAAUCUCGAAAAUCGUCGGCAGCGCUGUCGAUGCCGCGAAGAAAUUCCAGUCAGAUCAGAAACCACCGUCAGCAACGCAAAAGACCAACAAUGUGCCCAUACAGCCAGUCCAAGUAGGGCCAUCGGUCGCAUCUGGUCAUACAACAGUAGCCCAACAUCAAGCGACGGGGGAUGAUUCCGACGUUGACGAAGAUUGGACCCUAGCGCUAGAUGAAGCUCAGCAAGCACAGUCACAGUCCUCCGGCAAUCAAUAUGGGGCACCAGUUGAAGACAUCGAGGGAAUGCUGUCAGAAUUCAUCGUUCAACACCCGCCACCAGAGACCUCUGGCCUCGGAAGCGAGAAGCAUGGUCUGCCAAUGCCAGUCAUACUCCCGCAACGUCGCCCCGAGUCUCGACACCGCGGUUUCGUGCGAGCCUACGCCCCGGUCCUACAAGAAUGCGGCAUAGAUCAAGCCACCUGGCUCGAGUUCCUCGAUGGCUUCGAGAACAGCAUCAAAGGAAGUCCGUGGUUCGGGGUCGUGAAUGCCGGCGUCAUGGGCGCAGAUCUCGCUCACACAAUCGUUGGUGGGUUCGCGCCCAUUACAAUGCUGGUGACGCUCUCAGUGCAAACGGGGCUUGAGGCAUCGCGCAGGGGUUACGUGAACUACAAACAAAACAACUACCUCGAAGUCAUGAACGAAAACUUCUUCAAACCUCGAGGCUUGUAUGCUCUUGUUGUAAAGUACAAGCCGUCUAGCAGCGAAGUCGUGGAGAACAUCGAUCUGGAUCACAAUAUCACCCAGGCCGUAGAAGGCAGCGAGAAACAGAGCAAGUGGAAGAAGCUACUGCACUCGGGUUCGAGUAUGACAAAGAGCGAGGCUGAGAUCCCCGAGCCAGCGCCGCUCGUCUUUCCUCAACUCGACAAGAUGGAUGAAGGGCAAAAGCAAAACAUGGUGAAGAAGUUCGGAGACUCCAUCUCGAAGUACUACGAUCGAAAGGCGACAGACAGAUUCAGGAAAGAACAUCCUGAUUCGAAGCUCAUGCAAGAGGAUUCGUCUGCAGAAGAAGGCCCAGAGGCUUCGAGUUCGACGGAGGGGCACAAGGGCCCCAUUCGACGUCUGAAGCAGAGACGACAGGAACGCUUCGAGGUAUCAGGCAGAGAGCGAAAAUUUGGAAAGGAAGCUCGCGAGAAGCGGAAGAGGAACCGACCGCUGAAGAGGUUGAUGCGACAAGAUGCUCUGUACCUGAUGGUUGUCAACCUCCCAACUUCGGAUGAGAUGGAUGCGGUCCUUGCUCAAGUCGAAGGACAGUGA